AUGGACGAAACACCUGUUCAGUACCUCCUUCGCCACCACCCAGAGCAGGAGGGAUUUAGUAAACAGGAGGUUGUCCGUGCAAAAUUUGGAAAAUUUGGGCUACUUAGUUGUAAUCAUCUUACCCCCAUUGUCAAACUAUCAAGAGGGCAGAAAUCUCGGGUGGUUUUCACAUCGAUAUCCAUGUCAAAACCUCACAUUUUAUUGUUAGAUGAACCCACAAAUCAUCUGGAUAUGCAAAGUAUUGAUGCAUUGGCCGACGCGCUGGAUGAAUUCACGGGUGGAGUUAUUCUUGUUAGUCACGAUUCUAGGUUGAUAUCACGGGUCUGUGAUGAUGAAGAAAGAAGUCAAAUUUGGAUUGUUGAGGAUGGCACAGUCAAAAUUUUCCCUGAAACAUUUGAAGAUUACAAGGAAGAUUUGCUGAAAGAGAUUAAAGCUGAAAUUGAUGAUUGA